ACAUGUCCCAUUUUUAAAUUUCAAAUCCGUGAAAGGAUCAAAGCACUUAAAUCAUUCUCUCUUCUAGCCAUAUUAGGGGUUAGCCUAAUAUGCAGCCUAGUAAUGGCGGACUGUCAUAUAUCCAUCAUCAUCAUCAUGAUCAUCAUCAACAACGACAAGAAAUGCAACAACGCUUGAGAAGAUGAUUGUUGCUGCUCACCAUCAGUUUUACAAAAUCUACAAAAUCUAAACCAUCGUUGCCUAUACCACUUGCAACAAGAACAACAUAAACGGCCUCAUCAAGCUUUUUUGCAGCAGCAUCACCAGUUGUUCUAUCCAUUUCAGCAGCAGCAGCAGCAACAACAGAGCCAGGGUCAAGGCAUCCCUCAAAACCCUUCACUAUUCACCAUGAGUUUUAAGUUGGGGCGCAAUGAAGGAAGUGGCAACAAAAAGGCUAGUGUUUUAAAUAAUCAAGAUGAAGCUGCUGCUACUCCUACAUUACUUGAUGGAAAUGGGCAUGUUAAUCCGCCACAUGCCAUUUUAAUGCCUCGUUCCUGGCAUCCCCUGGAAGAUUAUACCACUAUCAAAGAACCGUUUUGGAAACAACUCGAGAAGAAGCGGUGGGGAAGUGAGGAGGAAGAAAUUAGUGGAAACAGAACUAGGUAUUUUAGGCCUUUAGAGAUAGAACACGUAGUUGAUGAAAGUAGGGAGAGAUGCAGGAAUUUGGACAUCAAAUUUCCCAUCUUUAAUGAACUUGAAGCUAUAUAUAGUCUUGCAAAGAUUGCUGAAGCUAAUCAAACAGGCUCUGGCUCUGUUCUCACAGGCGACCAUUCACCAACGAAUGCGGGUCAUUCAGUGCCAUCCAGUGCUGCCAAUAAUGUAACUGGUGUUGAUCAUGGGUCAGAGAAUUCAAUUGGAGAGGAAGCUUCAUUAAGAAAGAGCCAGAAGAGGAAGAGAAAGAGGAAAUUGAAGGAGAAAUUAAGUUAUAUGGCUGGGUUCUUUGAGAACACGGUGAAGAAAGUGAUGGAUCACCAAGAAAUGUUGCAUAGGAAGUUCUUGGAAGUGAUUGAAAGAAUGGAUAGAGAGAGAACAGAUAGAGAAGAAACCUGGAGACACCAAGAAGCUGAAAAGCACAACAGAGAAGCCAUUUCUAGAGCACAUGAAUGGGCUUCAACUUCAAGUAGAGAGGCUCAAAUUGUUUCUUACAUAGAGAGAAUCACGGGCCAAAGUAUCAAUCUUCCUAUUAGAAUGGCUCCACCAUUGCUGCAACCAGAAAUUUCAAAUGAGCCCAUCAAAGAAAUUACAUCUACAAAAUCUGACAGCCAUAGCAGAUGGCCUAAAGAUGAAGUUGAGGCAUUGAUCAAAGUUAGAAGUAGAAUAGAGAUUAAAUUUCAAGAACCUGGCGUUAAGGGUCCUCUUUGGGAAGAGGUAAGUUCUUUAAUGAGUUCAAUGGGCUAUCAAAGGAGUGCCAAGAGGUGUAAAGAGAAGUGGGAGAAUAUCAACAAAUAUUUUAGAAAAGCCAAAGAAAGUCCAGAGAGGAGGUCUCAGCGAUUCAAAACCUGCUCUUAUUUUAAUCAACUGGAUCAACUAUACUCGAGAAGUCUCAUUAACUAUCCUUCGAACACUACUUAUAUGCCAUCACGUGGCGUUGGGUUUGACAUCGAAAAGCAAGGGCAUUCAGAGGUUUUAGAAGCCUUUGCUGUUGGGAAAGACCACCUUGCAACUAUAACAAAUCCCCCCGGUGAGAACAUAAAAGGUGCUGAAAUGGGCUCUUCGAGAUUUGAGUUUGAUGGUAUCGCUGACAAAAACGAAGAACUUGAAGAGGGAAGCAGUGAGCAGGAUAAAGAAGUUUACAAAGAUGAUAAGCAGGAGAGUGGCGAACAAGGAAAAGAUGACGGUAGUGAUGACGAAGAAAAUGAAAAUUGAGGCUAUAGCUUAGAUGAAAUUUGAGGCAAAUAGUUUGUAGCUUCUUUCUGCCAGUAUCUAUUCGAUUUAGAAUUUUAAGUUUUGCUGGAACCAACGGUAGUGGUUACAGAAUUAUUUUGCUAAGCGACCAAGCCAGAUGUUAAGAGUUGGCUGUUACAGAGGAGGAUGGAUUUUGAACAUUCACUUUGAUGUUGAAGCAUGAAUUUCAUCUAACUAACUGGUUUUGAAAUAAAUCUAAUUGGUUUCUUAGCA